UUGGUAAGAAAAGUGAAAGUAGAAAUGGCAGCUCCUGCAAAAACAAUGUUAAGGAGAUUUCGCCGUACUGGCGUUCUGAAAGAGCUCUCAAAAGUGACAUCAUUAAACUUUGCGAGGGCUGCACAUUUUACCUACGUGCCUGAUACUCCUCCUGCAGUUUAUGGGGACACAACUCGUAUGAACCUGGUCCAGGCCAUCAAUAACACUCUAGACCUGACCCUGGCCACCGACCCCACCGCAGUAUUAUUUGGAGAAGAUGUAGCUUUUGGUGGAGUCUUCAGAUGUAGCAACGAGCUGAAAAACAAACACGGUGGUGACCGGGUGUUUAACAGUCCUCUGAGUGAGCAGGGCAUUGUCGCCUUCGGAAUCGGACUUGCUGUAGGUGGGGCCACCGCCAUCGCUGAAAUCCAGUUUGCUGACUACAUCUUCCCUGCGUUUGAUCAAAUCACUAACGAGGCCGCUAAGUUCCGCUACCGGUCGGGUAACUUAUUUGACUGUGGCAAGCUGACCAUCAGGACUCCCUGCGGGGCGGUGGGGCAUGGUGCCCUCUACCACUCCCAGAGCCCCGAGGCGUUCUUUGCUCACAUCCCUGGAAUUAAGGUUGUUAUCCCGCGAGGCCCCUACCAGGCCAAAGGCCUCCUGUUGAGCUGCAUCAGGGACCCUAACCCCUGUGUGUUCUUUGAGCCAAAGAUUUUGUACCGAGGCGCCAUAGAGGAGGUCCCGACCAAGGACUACACCCUGCCCCUCUCUCAGGCAGAGGUUGUUCAAGAAGGUAAUGAUGUUACGUUAGUUGGGUGGGGCACUCAGGUCCACGUGUUGUUGGAAGUUGCCAAGAUUGCUCAGGAGAAACUAGGCGUGUCCUGCGAAGUGAUUGACCUCCGGACCAUCCUUCCCUGGGACUCUGACACCAUCUGUAAGUCUGUGGUAAAGACGGGCCGACUAUUGGUUGCCCAUGAGGCCACCCACACAAUGGGCUUUGCUGCUGAAAUAGCCGCUACUGUGCAGUCGGAGUGUUUCCUGAACCUGGAGUCGCCUAUCGAGCGUGUGUGUGGAUACGACACGCCCUUCCCUCAUGUCUUCGAGCCUUUCUACAUUCCCGACCAGUGGAAGUGUCUGGAAGGAAUCAAAAAGCUCGUCAACUAUUGAAUCGUUUGUACUGAAACUCUUUGUAUGAAUGAAGUCAUUUUACAAUCACAGUAUUACAAGUUUGAGCCUAGUGCUUUAGCUGUCAUGGUGAUGAAACAUCAGCCAAUCAUGAAGGAGCUUACAACAGGGAUAAUGCUUUGCAAACUGGACAGCAAAUAGCCGUAAAGUGUCGUUAUGAAAGAAGAAAGAGAUUGAAUGGUAUAAUUAUAAGAUAAUCAUGUGUCUGUGUGCCAAUUGACUUUGUACUUUUUAAGUUUGUAUAGAACAUAUCAGAAUGACUUGUAUUAUGUACCUCUACAUAUUGAUAUACCAAAACCAUUAUUUAACUGUGGAAUCAAUUUUAUUCAUUGGGGUCAAUGUUCAUGGGUAGCCAAAAUUUCCUUGGUUUUGUGGGGACGCCAUUUUGUUGGCAGUUUGAUUGGGAUAAUUAUAAUAGAUUAAUGAAUUAUUAAAUAAACAAAUGCUUGUGUGUACGUUUGUGGGGAUACCACAAACAUUGGUCCCCUACGAACAAUGAUGAUUCCACAGUAGAUAUACAUAUGUGAUAUACAUGUAGUCUCAAUCAGUGAUAUACAUGUAGUCUCAAUCAGAAUAAUGCUCACCGUUUGCCAUAAGAUGUAUAAGAUACAUAACAUGUACUUAAGGAACUACAGUUAUGAAAUCAAAAACAGAGUGUGUCUUGCACGCAUGUUUGCAAUGCACUGAUUCUGCAGGUGCAAGAUUCUGCAGACAUUUUGAUUCUGUAUAUCGGCUGAUGCAUACUUGACCUGAUUGAAUAAAGAUCAGUCAAGUAGUCCUGAUUACACCAUGAUGCAUUAUAGAACUGUGAGAAAUAAACAAACCUAAGUUACUGGUGUAAUGGUCAAACCUAUAGAUCUGGAACUUAUUGUCUGUGUUCUCUGUUUACAGAACUAAUGAAUCUCAUGAUGCCGACGUCUGUAUGCUGUAUAAUUAACUGUAAAACAGAAACUAUAUCAGGACUGAGAGUAUAAAAGGUAGAGGAAAUUCUCUCUAGAUCUUUCUAGAAAUUUCCAUGGUAAAGAUUCUAUUAUUUCUGCUUACGUAAGGUAAAUUGGUGUUUACAUAACUUUAGGAAGAAAUUAUCAUUUGUGUGCAGUGAUAUCUGUUUGUUUCUGUAAUUUUCUGAUUGGGUAUAUUUAUGUCAUUAAAAGCGGGCUUUAACAAUCAAUUUAUAGUGUUCAU